AUGCUGAGACACUGGAAAGACAGCUGGAAAGGCCGGACCCAGCCUCCCGGCCCUCUCAAUGAGGACGACAGCAUUCUGGGCUCCAAUGCGCAGAGUGGACUUGCGAGUAGCUCGGCCAGGCUUACCAUGCCAGGCGGGGCGGCGGCAAAUCCUCCUGCAGAUGCUUUGCAUACCCCAGCAUCUGCCGCGCCUCCUCUGGGGGGGUCCGAUAAUGCUGAAGGCUCCAGACCUGCAAAGCGUCGGAAGCUUUCGUCGACCGAGGAGACGGAAUCUCCUGCAGGUUCGAUCAGCCAGCGUCUCCCAGAGAUCCAUGGCAAUGUGGCGGAGCAGUCUGUCCAUCUGCAUCAUCUUCCGGUAUCCGACCACAUAAACCACAUACUCGAACAAGCCAGACGAGAGAACACCAUUGGCGCCCUGUCUACACAACGAGCUUCAUACGAACUCAUAACUCAAUUUGCCGAGUGGACCAUCCAAAGCACGGAUCGGCCUGUCCUUCUCGUCGUUGCGAGUACUCCCUGCGUCCAAAACAGUGCUCUAGCGUUGCGGUCGCGCGGUAUCGCUGUCGAGGAACACCUAUCACCGCCGAACGCGCGGACCCUGACUUCCGGCGCCGUGCAUAUAGUUGAAGUUGCGGCUCUUCUCGACUCCUUACACCGCCAUGUACUGUCGCUGUCCGACUUUCAGACAGUUAUCAUUGAUUCCUUCAAGGAACAAGAACAGGGUACACAUACCUCCUUAAUGACAGCUAGCAAGGUCAUGGAACACUACUCCUCAUUGCCCAAAUCUCUCUCUCCACGAUUACUUGUCCUUGUCCAUUCUUCGUACGCCUCUUUCGAAAAGAACAUAUUCGAAGUUGAAGCAAUAUUCCGGUCAACGCUUGUUGAAACCUCCGAGCAACACACAGAACGUCCCUCGUCCCUUUCAGCAGGUCCAAGCGAAGUUGUUGUUAUCACCUACGGUUCCCCUCCAGCUAUUAGCGACACCAAGUUGAUGGCAGAAUUGAAGCUGCUGGAUCCAGGCGAGAAAAUCCUGCGUCGACACUUCAAAGCGUCACGACGGGCAUUGAGCCAAGUUGGUUUAUGCGCUGCUGACUUAGUGUGGCGCCGCGCUCAGCAGGCGAUCGAAAGAACUUCCAAUAGAACCCCGAGCCACCCAGGUCAGAUCGAUCACAACAAGCCCCCCAUCUCUGGAACGCACGCCGUGGAUCAGCAGUCAAAAUGCCUUCAAACAAUCAAGAACUGGAACUACACGAUGCCGAACUUAGACGCCAGUUCGCAGGGAUUUAAUGUGACCCCCAAACUACUUAAGCUCGUCGAACUACUGAAGGCCUGCCAACCAUAUGGAGAAGAGUUCAGAGGGAUUGUCUUUGUCCAUAAGCGAGUGAUUGCCUAUGUCAUAGUGGACAUGCUACGCUCACUAGGGGAAGAAUUCCCCUUCUUGCGUCCUUUGCAGCCACAAACACUUCUUAGGCAAUUUUCGGCCGGUACCUACAAUUUCCUUGUAGCGACGAAGUCCUUCGAAGACCUUGGCGUCCCAAAAGCCUCUGUAGUCAUCCGCUUUGACCUAUUCCAUAGCCACGUUUCGGAGGCCUAUGUUCGUUCGUGUGCUCGAGGACGAGAAAGUCACCUCAUCUACAUGGUGGAACAAGAUAAUGCUGCGCAACGUCGAGUCUUGUCAGAAAUCACCCAGCCGCAUCCUGAUAUUCUGCGGUGGUACGAUACUGUCUCUCAGGAUCCUAGAAGUACCGCGCCACCGGCCAACAUCUACGAGUCGGUAGAUCCAUAUCUUUCAGAAAGUGAAGACGAAGACCUUUGCUCCGAACCAUCGGUGAUCGAUCCGACAACUAGCGGGCGCAUUUACCUACAGGAUGCAACAGCGGUAGUCUACCGCAUGGCCGCUACCCUCGUCCCUCAAACAUCUCAUGGGGAUCACUUCCAUAGCCGCCCGCUUUUCCAAUUCACAGAAUCAUCUACUCCCGAUGGUGCCGGUAGUUAUAUUUGCACGGUAACUCUUCCGCCGCCGUUGAUGAAAGAUAUAGCGGGGCUUCCUUCGCCAUCCCUGGCUCAGGCUAGGCGCUCAGCUUGUUUUCAAGCAUGCACACUUUUAGCUCAGGCAGGAUCCCUAGAUUAUCGUUUAUUCCCAUUUUCCUUCAGCUAUGCCUUAGAUACUGGCACGAAACCCGCGGCUUCCUUUCCCGCACUCAAUGGCCCAUCACGCAGCGCCAAUGUCGCUAAUAUUAUCCCGGACGAGCAAAGUGGGUCUGGUACGAGAACGUACGCUCAGAAAAGGCCGGACUUCUGGGGACACUGUGCGGCCGGUCACCCCAUAGACACGUUAUUUCCCACUAUUGUCUCCGUCGACCAACUCGGAAGUUCAGAAUAUUACGCGCCGAUGCUCUUACUUGUCAGACGUCCACUUCCUACACUACCCCCCUUCAAGAUCUUUUUCUCCGGAUCACCAGCCACGGUCCAAUUCCAACGUGCCGCCCCACUUGCAGUGAACCAAACCAAACUCGAAUCCCUCCAUUCCUAUACGGUGCGACUCAGCCGGGCGAUAGGCAACAAACCGUAUAUGUGCGCAAUCGAAGACGCCCUUUUCUUCCUUGCACCUCUGGACUCCGCACAAGGCACGCCUCCCAUGAGCGGUGAUCAAUGGAAUCCACCGUCCGUAGAAGAUCUUAUUCCAUGGGCAUCUGUGGCUUCUGCUGCUGCUGCGUGGGCAUUGCCAUUGAAGGAUGACAAUGAAAAUACUCUCGGUGACGACAUGAAAGAUGCCGUGAUCCAGGAUAGAUGGGUGGAAUUUACUAGGCGCUAUGAAGUGGUUAAACUCAGAAGGGACUUAACACCCCUGAGCAAGCCAGAUGACAGCCUCCGAGAAGCGGAAUACCCGAACCUGCUGGAGUAUUGUAAGGCUCGAAGGCACGGUUUCGAGGGUCUCAAGAAAGAUGAUCAACCUUUGAUCGAGGUUUCGAGAGUUCCUCCUUUCCUAAACCGCCUUAGCCCAACGACGCCCAGCAGCGAGGCAACCGAGACGGUCAAAGCUGGCGCCAAAUACCUACAACUAACUAUAUCCACACCGCACAGUACUUUCCGGACAGCCUUGGCCCUACCAUCAAUCUUGAGAAGAGUUGAUGAGCUUCUUCUCAUCAAGGAAUUAAACGCCAGGUUGUUUGAUUACAGCGUCCGCGAAGACUUGCUUCACAUGGCGGUAUCCACUCCUUCUUCUGCAAUAGAAUACGAUUACGAAAGGCUAGAACUUCUUGGUGAUGCCUUCCUGAAGUAUCUAUCAUCCGUAUACGUAUUCGUCUCAAACCCUACGGCCAACGAGGGUGCCUUACACUUCAUACGGCAGCGAUUAAUUAGCAAUAAAUCGUUGCUGCAAAAUGCUACACGUGCGGGCUUACCUGGUUACAUCCUUUCAAAGCCGUUUGUUACCAAAUUUUGGAAACCCGUCAACUAUCAACUUGGGCAAGCGACGUUGUCUCCGGGCAACAAUUUUGCGGAGGGCAGUAGCAGUCAGGGACAGUCGACGGAUGGACAGCCUUUGCCAGAAAUCGAACCUGGAGAUCUUUCGACCCUUGAAGUUUCUCAUACUACGCCUUUCGAGACAAAAGAUGGUACAAAGAGCCAGAAAAGGCGAGGGAAAAAGAAACGGCAACAAAUAGGGCAAGACACUCAAGUGCUAGGGGAUAAGGCAGUUGCCGAUGUCGCCGAAGCUAUCAUUGGGGCAGCAUACAUUACGGGAGGUCGUGAAACGGCCCUUCGUGCUGCAAAGACUCUCCAUGUCCCUAUUCUUAAUAUCGACCAGUGGUCCGACUUCCGCCACAAAGUUCAGGCGCCUUUGCCUUCAGCGAGACUAUCAUCAGACAGCAUUGAUGCUGUAGAGACAAUCAUCGGUCACAAGUUUAUUCGGCCGCAAUUACUAGCUGAAGCGCUCACACACAUAUCAAUUCAUGGCAAGGACACGACCUCCUAUGAGCGCCUCGAAUUCAUCGGAGAUGCCAUCCUUGAUUUCAUGGUGAUUCGGCAUAUUUACGACCGCUAUCAACAGCUUUCCCCUGGCGGUUUGACUCUUCUCAAGGGCGCAAUGGUUUCAAACUCGGCGUUAGCGGCGGUCUGCGUUUGGUCUGGUUUGCACAAACAUAUAUUAUUGGAGUCACACAAUUUAUCAGCGACAAUCGAUACCUACGUCAAUGGGCUUAGUGCGCUGGAAGCUACCGAGCGCGAGGCAGCCAAGUCAGACGGCAGGCCACUGGGUCAAUAUUGGCUAGAACUUGAACCACCGAAAGCGCUAUCAGAUGUUGUGGAGUCAAUAAUUGGCGCUAUAUAUCUCUCGGAUGACCUUUCUCCGGAAGGAACCGAGCGAUUCUUCGACAAAGUCCUCCGACCUUUUUUUGAUGGGCACAUCACAUUACGAACGCUUUCUCACCAUCCGACCAAAACACUGCUUGAGGUAUUCCAGGCACAUGGUUGUCACCAAUUCGAAAUCUCCAAAGAGAAGGAUGCGACCCAUCCCCAUGUUUCUGUUGUGGUUCACAACGUUAUUUUAGCCGACGCACAGGAUGCCAAUGCAUCGUUGGCGGCUAGGCGCGCAUCCAUCACGGCACUGGAUGCAUUAGAAGGUGACCCCAACUUUUUGAACAGAGCCUGCGAUUGCCGCACAAAUUCCGUGGAAGCGAAGAAGAAGAAAGUGGCUAUGGAGGACAUGCUUGCGGGGUUGGGAGAGGAAGAGCGUGCCAGAGGGAAUCCGGCGAUGACGAUCGAUCCGUAA